AGAUCGUCUUCAACAAGGAACGUAUGACAGCAGUGUUCGAUUACGAACAGUUCACCGCAAGCUGCAGAGUUCUGUUCAAAAAUCCUAAAUUUACUCUAAGGCAAUGUCUCGGAUUUUUGGAUUACAUCAAGGAAGUUUCCACCUACGACACAAUGGGGAUUUCCGAGUGUCCAGCUGCGAUGGAACUGCAAAGGGUGGAACACAAUCCGAAGUUUUACUCCUCACCUUGUGGAUCAGUAGAGAUAAUGCUUCUGAGGUACGUCGUUCCGGUACUGAUGUUGCUGUGUUUGAUGGGGAAUAUGCUCAAUCUGCUCAUAUAUAAUCUUUCUUACUUCGAUGGUAGCAGCUCGGUGCACUUUCUGCGCGCCAAAGCCAUUUUCAAUAUGAUUUUUGUGUGGUCGCGACUUCUCGAGGUUAUUCAUGCGUGUACGAAUCCAGCAUCAUCCUGGUUUGAACCAUUGUUUUGGCAUACUCGUUCCUACAUCAUGACCAUAUCAAAUAUUAGCGGAACUAUGUCAACAUGGUUAACAUUAAUGGUUACUGUGGAGACAGUUAUGUGCGUACUCAUGCCAUUUUUAUUUCGACAGUACUGCACGAAAAGGACCACAUGGUCCUUUCUGAUCGCAUCAAUGACCGUAGCGACACUGCUGCAUUCAACAUUGGUAUUCACAACGGAGAUAACAACACAUCCAUUAGCUAUUGUCCAGCAUAAUUUGCCGCAGAGUAACUCAUCUUGCUGGUACAUUCGAAGCAUGCAUUUGUUCAUAAUGCGAAGCAGUAGUGUCUAUGAAGUGAUACAAAAAGUCUACUAUUGGAUUCAGACGACUGUUGCUAUUAUUAUUCCUACAGUAGCCAUGCUCAUUUGUUCGAUCCUCAUUGUCAAGCAGUUCACAUUCAAGGAGCUUGGUGAGGCAUUCUCGCAAAGGCGAAAAUGCGUGAUUCGGAUGACCGUUGCCACUACCGUCUCUCAUCUUCUCUUAGAGGGUCCUGCCACAUUAACCCACGCAGCUGUGGCACUGAAGGGUUCGUCGUCAUCAGAGCACCAUUACCUGAUGUGCGUCUUGAACAACGCCAUCAACAUCUUAUCAAUCGUAAAUGCUACGAUUCCAUUUUUCGUCUUUUUACUGUGUAACGAGCAAUUUCGACACAUGACGACGAUGUACAUGAAGGCGCAUCUCCAGAAUAACAAAGCUCGAAAGAAAACUUAUCUAUCUCAAGCUGGAAUGCGGUGUUCUCGCUUGUCAACGACGGAAAAUCAGAGGUCAACUAUUGACUCGAGACUACUAUCGAAUGGAUCGAAUUUGUGACACAUUGCUGCGUGAAUGUUGUUACGGGUUUAAUUAGACGCUAAUACGUGGUUGUAAAAGAA